AUGUUAUUCGCCUUCUUUUUUUCCUUCUUUCAUUUCUACCAAAUCAUAGUUUCCUUCCAGGCUUUUAGCCUUAUUUUCUAUAUCUUUCGCCUUCUUUCUCUCGUUUCUUUCUUUAAUUUUUCCUUUUGUCUUAUUUCUCCCCUUCUUUCAUUGAUUGCACUUUCUUCCGUGCUGUUAGCCUUAUUUUCUAUACUUGUCACUUUUUUCUUUCUUUUUUUCUUUAAUUUAAGCCUUCAUUUCUUCCAUAAACUUUCGCCUUAUUUCUCCCCUUCUUUCAUUGAUUGCACUUUCUUCCGUGCUGUUAGCCUUAUUUUCUAUACUUCCUUAUUUUCCAUACUUUUCACUUUUUUCUUUCUUUUCUUCUUUAAUUUAAGCCUUCGUUUCUCCCAUAAACUUUCGCCUUAUUUCUCCCCUUCUUUCAUUGAUUGCACUUUCUUCCGUGCUGUUAGCCUUAUUUUCUAUACUUCCUUCAUUUCUUCCAUAAACUUUCGCCUUAUUUCUCCCCUUCCUUCAUUGAUUGCACUUUCUUCCGUGCUGUUAGCCUUAUUUUCCAUACUUUUCACUUUUUUCUUUCUUUUCUUCUUUAAUUUAAGCCUUCGUUUCUCCCAUAAACUUUCGCCUUAUUUCUCCCCUUCUUUCAUUGAUUGCACUUUCUUCCGUGCUGUUAGCCUUAUUUUCUAUAAUUGUCACUUUUUUUCUUUCUUUUCUUCUUCCAUCUAA